UACUCAACGGGCUGGAAAGAUGGCGGCGUUUGUGCCAGCACAGGAACUUGUAUAAUUUACGAGAUGAUAGAGAACUGUUGCACUCUCUUCAUAGGCAAAAUAAAAAGAAGUAUUACACAUUUUGGAGUCGCUUGUAGGACAAUAACAUGCACUGUGUGAAGUCACAGGAAGUGAAAUCUGGUAAAAACAAACAAAAAAAGAAACACCCAUAUAUGCUGAGAACAAAUUACUUAGAGACCACCUGUCUGACUACUGUCACUGACAGAGUCCGAGCAAGGGAGUGGGCUUGGGACUGACCUUGUCUAGUUAGGGUUUCGCCUGUUAAAUACUGCUAAUGAAGAAAAAAAAAUAUGGAAUGUUACAUUUUCCACUGCAGAGUAUGACUACUACCUUUAGAUAAACAGCAUUCGAAUAGGAGAGUGUUGCCAGUCACUCCCUAUUUGAUUAUGUAAAUUGUAUUCUGAUUAUCUUUGAUUGUGGUUAUGUCUUGCUUCAUCAUGUGUACGGGCUGACGUGAGUGAAGCUCUAAAUAAGUUACACCUCAGCGAAAAGAUUCGACUACCGGUAAACCCUUUAGGGAUAUUAAUAAAAAAAACCAAAAUACAAAAAAAAACAAAAAAAAAAAACAGAUGAAUUAGUUUAGAAGAGCAGUGUGCAAUCAUGAGCUACCGUAAGUUAUUCGAUUAUGUGUGCGUUGCACGACCAGCUGUCUCUGUUUUGAAGUGGAAGGACAGUGUCUUUCUUGCUGUACCUCUGGUACUUGGAGUUCGCAAUGUUUAUACAAGUAGCUCUGAAGGUAACGCUGGAUUUAAACCUGCGAAAGUUGCUGUGGUAACAAAAACAACCAGAUGCGAGUUUGAACAGCAGAGAUGCAGGUAUGCUGGCCUUUCUGAACAGGAUCUGAAGCAACUGCUUGCAAUGAAAGGAUCAAGCUACAGUGGACUGCUGGAGCGCCACAGUAUCCACACUAAGAACGUGGAACACGUUGUUGACAGUCUACGAAAGGAGGGGAUUGAGGUCCGACUGGUGAAAAGAGGGGAAUACAAUGAAGAGACUGUCCAGUGGGCUGAUACCAUUGUAUCUGCCGGUGGUGACGGCACCAUGCUGCUGGUGGCCAGCAAAGUAGUGGACCGCUUUAAACCAGUUGUGGGAGUGAACACCGACCCAGAAAGAUCUGAGGGGCACCUGUGCUUGCCCGUGCGCUACACAAGGUCCUUUCCAGAAGCCCUACAGAAACUUCAGCGAGGAGAAUUCAGGUGGCAGUGGCGUCACAGGAGUCGGAUUUACCUGGAAGGAACUGGAAUAAACUUGACCCCUGUGGAUCUGCAUGAGCAGCAAAUGAGCCUUGAGCAGCACAGCAAGGCUCACAGGAUCAGCAUGAACUCCAGCCACAAGUCAGAGGAGACUUCUGGACCACACCUUCUCCCUGUUAGAUCCUUGAAUGAGGUCUUUAUUGGGGAGUCGCUGUCUUCCAGGGCCUCAUAUUACGAGAUCUCAGUGGAUGAUGGACCCUGGGAAAAGCAGAAGAGCUCUGGGGUCAAUGUGUGCACUGGAACGGGAUCCAAAGCCUGGUCCUACAACAUUAACAAACUGGCAUUCCAGGCGGUGGAAGAUGUUCUGAAAAUCGGCAACAGGCUAGCUGAGAAGAAUGUUACUUUGGACAAGGAGCAAAUCGAAAAAGUUACAGAGGAGUACAAUAAGUCCCUGGUGUUUAAUCCCGAAGAGCCCAAGAUGUUUUUCAGCGUGAGGGAACCAAUUGUUAAUCGAGUCUUCUCCAGCAGCCGUCAGCGUGGCUUCACUACAAAGGUCUGUGUCCGCUCGCGCUGCUGGGAUGCCUGUAUGGUAGUGGACGGAGGGACAUCCUUCGAGUUCAAUGACGGGGCGCUAGCCACCAUACUAAUGAAUGAGGACGAUGCUCUUCUCACUGUUGUACUUGAAUAGAAACUGCUCUGCCUCCAAACAGAUCAGUAUCACAAGGAUCACACGCUCAGGGCUCUUGCAUAACAUGGGGCAAUGCUGUCAUGUCACCCACUCAGGACUGUGAAGAGUCUGGGCUAGAAGCUGUCAGAGUACAAAAAAAUAAAGCAAAAGGGCAGGAAUGACACUAUCCACUGUACACUAAACAUUAUUUAAGAGGUUUUUACAGGAUUGGUUUGAGAUUAUCAUUUCAAUAUGGAACUUCAGUACAACAGGAAAGGUGUUACUUGGUUUCUGUACUACAUAUGUCACGUGAAUAGCACCAUUUUGUGGAGGUCAGCAAUUAAGCCAGAUAUCGGAGUCGCAUAUUUUGCUGAAGAUCUUUAUAAAAAGUUUGCCAUUUGUAUUAAUAGUAUCUGAAGUUCAAUUUGUCUGGUUUCAGGACUAACUAAUGCUGUCUUCGGUAUCUUGGGUCAUGCAGUCCAAGUUGAAUGCUAAUCGGGGUCUGUCAAACCAGAUGUUUAUGUCCUGGUUGGCACUUACUUAUCAGUUUUUCUACCCUGCUGAGCCAUAUAACUCUGAACAUGCUCUUGACUUGCACAGCUGGCCAGUAGGUUAAGCCUUAUUAGCAUUAAUCUACAUGGAAACGCUGUCCUGACGUGCAGAACAUUUUUAACUAAUAAAUGACUCUCAGUAGAUUGAUAUAUUUUCAACUGUAGCUUAGGUAUGGUAAACUUUUCGGAUCAAUGGAGUUGUGCCAUUUUUUCCUUUUUUUUAUUGUUUGUGGAGGUGUAACUGCUUUAGUGUAAUAUUAGUUAUAUAUAUAUAAUAUGCACACGCACGAGAACACGAGGCCGGUUAUUAGCAACCCUGAUAACGACAACU